AUGGAUGUCGAGACGUUGCGACAAACAUUAGAGGCCCAGCUUAGCCUUGAAGUCCUGCUCAAACACAACGAGUUGCGGCUUAUCGACCAAGAAAUAGCAAAGUGCCAAGUUGCUUUGGACCAGCUUCGCCGCUGCUCUGAAAUUCCUUACCCGGCCUGCAGCGGUUUGGCGCAAUCUGUCAGUCAGGGUACUGGAUUCGCGGUUGCACGGCCUGAAAAUGGCCGACAGCCUGACUCUCCAUCACCAUGGGGUGUUACUGAUGGACCGUACAGUCGCCAUUAUGCAAAAUGGCUUCUACCAGAUCCUCGCUUUGAUGGUGGCGAACCUGAACCCCUCCCGUCUGCGAUGUAUGGCGCGAGCAAAGGCCCGCUUGAAGGUCGCACAACACGUGGAUCAUGGGCUGAAGGUUCUUCGCGGUCGCAACGAAGCACGGCGGGAGCAAAGUUACAAGCCCUCUCUAACGGUUACCCUCCACCCAAAGAUAAAGCCGGGCCAAUGAUUAUCAAACGGAAAUCUGAUGGCAAAAUGGUUAAACUUGUGUGCCUGGAUUGCCGUAGAGACAACUUCUCCAACACGCAAGGAUUCAUUAACCACUGCCGGAUAGCACAUAAUCGCAGCUUCGCUAGCCAUGACGCUGCUGCUGCAGCAUCCGGUGAACCGGUAGAAGUCGACGAAUCCGGGACAGUAAUAUUGCCUACCAAUGAACCGAUCUCCAACGCACCUCCAGGAUAUGUUCACCCGUUGAUUAGGUCCGCUCACAUUCUAGAUUCUACGGCACGGGAUGCUAUGCGAAAACGGACACCAUCAAAAGCCCACCGUGAAGACAAGGCUGUCAAUACUCCUCGUGCAAAAGGCGACGGCUCUAUGCUGAAAUCCCGCUCAUCACCCAAUGUCACACAGCCAAGGAUACGGAACAUUGCAACAAGUCCUGACUUUACAGCUUCGCCACAGACACCUCAUCUCUCUGCCCUGAUGCAGAGGAGGGGUCUCGGUUUGAAUCUCCUCAACCUGGUUGACGAUGCGUUAACGAAAACAGAAAUUGACUCGUACCGUUUGGAAGACGAUUCUGAUGAGGACGCUAUGGACGUCGAUGCCUCAUCUAAUGUUGGAGAAGCCCAUCAUGGUUUCCGUACCACCCGGUUACCCGCUCGUACCGUGUCUUCGCCAACGCAAAACCAACGACCAAGUAGUCGCAAGGGAGCCGACCAAGGAUUCGGGAAAGUCCGAACAUUACCACCACUGAGGAAUCCGCCGCCAGCCUCCCAACCCUAUCGAUCUCCUUACGGCCCUUCGACGGCAACCACGGGAAACGGACGGGGCCCGUUGGAAGGCGGUGAUGUUGAAAUGACUGAAUCCAAUUCUCCUAAUCUGAGCCCAAACACCCUUGAAUCGAACCAAGCGCCAAGUCUGGUCAGUGAUGACGAUGAGUAUGAAGCGCCUUCGGAGUCGGAAAGCCCUAGCCCUAGCCCUUCCGAACCUGGCCAAGAUGACAUACCAUUUGACAAUCUCGAGUUCCAAGACAGUUUCGAAACUAGUGGAGGCGGAUCGGCCUCUUCAACGGCAUCUGUUGAUUACUCGGAGCCUCAUAAACGUCAUUUGUCAGCUGUGUCGCGGCCACCAACGACAAGCCCUGCGAAAGCCAAAUCCAUAAAACGCAGCCGGGCUGGUGGUCCUAUCGAGAAUAUCAAAACUGCCACUGAACCGAAACACGUUACAUUCGUUUCACCGCCCGCUUCCCCUAUCAAGGGCAAAAAGAGCGGGAGCAGGAAACCGCGUCGGAAAUAG